CAAGAGGACAGUCCCCCGUGGAGGCAUGGGGCUGUCUCAGGCCAAGCGGGGUGACUGCAAAGCCCAGCAGAGCAGCGUGAGUCCAGAUGCAGGCAGCAGGGGCUGUGACCCAGGCACUUACCUGGCAGCAGGUAGCAACAUUGGCCUCAUUGAACCAAAGAAGCUGCCAAACCCGGUCAGAGAGUCCAAGACCCACCAGGAGCUCCAUCGAGAGCUGCUGUUCAGCCACAGAAGGGGGCUGUUGCCAGAACACAAACCAGAGCUCCAGAAGGUUCUGGAGACCAGGAGAUUCAAGCAGCUGAAGCAACAGCAAGAGUCACAGAGGCCCCUGACAGAUCUGGAAGAGGAACUGAGGAAACGACACCAGAUGCUGGAGCAGUACGAGCGAGAGUUGGCCCUGAAGGGGGAACAGGAGUGCAGGCCUGAGUUCAUCCUCAUCAAGGAGAGCCUGAAGAAGAUCAAUCUGUCUGGAGAAACAGGUGUGAGGCAGACCUGA